AUGGGUUCAAAACCAAAAGUCACUCAGAGUUCGCCUCCCGCCACAGCUUCGCGUAGCUUGUUGAGGGACGAGGACGAUUAUCCGGAUGAAGCGUCCAGCUCAAACCCACUCAAAAGACCAUUCGAUGACGGGGUCGUGGAUUAUCCACGGAGGAGGGCCACUAUUGCAUGCGAGGUGUGCCGCUCGCGCAAGUCGCGCUGCGACGGCACCCGGCCCAAAUGCAAGCUCUGCACCGAGCUCGGAGCCAACUGUGUCUACCGCGAACCAGUCGUGAAGCUCGACGUUGGCGAUAAGAUGAUCAUCGAUCACCUCAAUCGCAUAGAGGGCAUGCUGCAGGCGAGCAUAUCGCACCAGCAGCAACAUUAUCGCACCAGCAUCGCGGCCAACCCGUCACAGCUGUCUCCUUCCCCGAGCAGCGCCGCAGCCACAGUUACCAGUCCCAACGGGCCAUUCGCGACACCAAACGGGCCCGGGGCUGCCGUACCAGUUAUUCUUAAUGGCGGGCUGGGGACCUGGGCGAACGCAGCGGCCACGAGCGGGACGAAUAUCUCGACCAUGCCAAAGUGCCACACCAAUGCCGCGUUCCAUCUUCUGCAGUGGCCGCUCAUCCGCGACCUGGUUCCUCAUCAGUACGAUCCACAGAUUCUCGUUCAGCUCGAGAUGGAGCGCGAACCACUAGACCUAGCAUCCAAGCCGCUACCAGCGGCUGUCGACCUGUCCAACGCACCGGCAUACGUCGAGGCCUACUUUGCCAAGGUCAACGUCUGGUAUGCAUGCGUCAACCCGUACACGUGGAAGGCUCACUACCGAGCGGCGCUGGCCAGCGAGUUCCGCACCGGCCCGGAGAGCUGCGUCGUGCUGCUGGUGCUGGCUCUCGGGCGGGCCAGCCUCGGCGGGCCUAGAGCGCGCCGGGCGUCGGGAGAGCAGGAACCGCCAGGGCUGUCGCACUUUGCCGCCGCCUGGGCGCUGCUCCCGGGGAUGCUGACGGCUAGCAGCGCCGUCGCCGCGCAGUGCCUGCUGCUGGCGGCCGCGUACCUUUUCUACCUCGCGCGGCCGCUCGAGGCGUGGAGCCUGCUGAGCAGCGCGGGCGCCAAGCUGCAGCUGCUGCUCAUGGCGCGUGGUCAGCAGACGGAGCUGGUGGAGCGCAUCUACUGGAACACGCUCCUCUUCGAGAGCGACCUGCUGGCGGAGCUGGACCUGCCGCACUCGGGCGUCGCCCAGUUCGAGGAGCAGGUCGGCCUACCGGGCGGCUUCGCGGCUGUUGAUGAUGGUGAAGCCGAAGACGGAGACGUGGACGCGUCCCCGGGCGCCGCAGACGAGCUCUGGUACUUUCUGGCCGAGAUUGCGCUCCGCAGGCUCCUCAACCGGGUGAGCCAGCUACUGUACGCCGACGGCGCACUCGCCGAGACGAGCAGCAGCCUGGCGCCGGUCGUGGCGGAGCUCGACUACCAGCUGACGCAGUGGUACGAGGGCCUGCCGCCGGCGCUGCGGUUCUCGUUUGCGCGUGCGCGGCCGCUGCGGGACCCUGUGCAGACCGUCCUGAAGCUGCGCUACCACGCCUGCAAGGUCAUCAUCUACCGGCCGUACGUGCGGCGCGUGUUGCGGGACCCGCGGGCCGUAUCGGAUCCCGUGGUGCGUGAGGGCUGCCGCAAGUGUCUAGACGCAUCGGUGCGGCAGCUGGAGCACAUAUCAGAGCAUCAUGCCGGCCACAUGCCGUAUACGUGGCAGGGCGCGCUGUCCAUGGCCUCGCAGUCGCUGCUCCUCAUGGGAGCAACAAUUUCGCCGUCUCUGCGAGACCUGGUCUUGAGCCUGGUGCCGGACGAGAAGGCGCUGGACUCGAUCAUCCAGGGCGUGAUUGAUGAGCUGGGUCGCUAUUCCGUCCUGGCGCCGAGCAUCAACUUGGCGGCCGAGAUUGUCAAGGAGGCCAACGUGCGACGGCCUCUGGGCGAUACAUGCAUCUCGAAGGACGAGGAAGCCUGCAAAUCCGCGCUAGCAGGAGGUCUCGCCCAACUCGCCUGCCGAGACAUUCAGGCUCGGAGGGCUGCCGGCCGCCUUCCCAAUGAGGUCUCUCGGACCUGGAGGAUUCUCCCGCGCAUGCAAGCGGCGAGCCACGCCUAG